UGAACGACUGUUUUUCAAUUUAGUGAGGUUAAGGUUAAGUUAAGUAUAAAUACGUCCAUUCACCUCUCCCCUGAACAUGAAUCAAAACAUUAUUUUUGAAUUUAGAAAAUUAUACAAUAAUUUUAGUCAAAUUAGGAGAGGAUAUGCGAAACUAAUUGAUUUACACUUUCAGAAGCAUCCUGAGUUAUUAAAUAUAAAACAAUACAUUCCAGAAAAAUAUUUAUCCAUUUCCUCCAAAGUAGCCAAUGAACACCUUUACCUAAUAUGUGUUAAUACUGCAAAGAUUAUUGCAGAUCAUGUUAUUCCUUUUGUAAAAGAAGAUCAAAUUGUAGCUGAAAGUAAUGUUGGCCUAGGUCUGAUAACAACCGAGUUGUUAGAAAAGGGAGUUAAAAGAGUUAGGAUGUAUGAAACAUGCCCCGAAUUUAGGGUAGACCUCAAGAGUUUUGAUUCUGCAUUUCCUGGAAGAGUGGAGUUGUUUACUAAAAAUUUAUUUCAUCUAGGAAGGUUUUCUUUUUUGGAUAAGCAAGAUGGUAUCAAUAGAGUGGAUAUUCUACUUAAAGGAGUACCAAAGAAAGCUUGGACAGAUGAUCCAUCUAUGACUGUGGUGGGAACAAUGCCAAAUUUAAAUUUUUUGAAGUAUUUAAUUAAAUCUUUAGCCCUACAAACAGGUCCUUCAGUGCACGGAAGGAUGCAAAUAUUUGGCAUUAUAAGAGAAUUUGAUUAUAAAAUCUUAACAGCAACUCCUCAGGACAAUUUGAGAAUAUACCAAGUAGCAUCAAUAUUAUUUCAACUAAUGUUAGACGUUGAAAAACUGGAAACAUUUUCUAGAAGAAUAUUUUUGCCUUGGGAAAGAUGUCGUGGAAACAAAAAAUUAAAGAAUGAAGAUAUGGUACUGGUAAGAAUGAAUUUUAAGAAAGAUCUGCCUGUUCCAAUGGAUAAAAUUUUAUAUUUGUUCUUUUUCUUAAAACAGUUUUAUGGUACAGGAAAUAACAGGGUAAUACCUACUGUUGAAAAAUGGGUUCCUAACAGUGGAUUGAACGUUAUACUUCCUACAUUGAAGCAUGAUGAAUAUUAUAAAGGUAUUAGUAUUUUCACAAGAUUUAGGGACUUAACUCCACCACAAAUAUUAGCAGUAUUUAAGGAAGUCAUCAAUAUUCCUUCUUUUGAAGGUAGUCCUUUUACAGCGAUGGUUGAAAACGAACUGAUAAAGAGUGAAACUGUGGAGACUAGUAUAGCUGAUGUUGCAUUAGAAAAACAAAUAGCAGGAGAGGUAGAGAAAUUAAAUUUGCAAGAUGAAUUUGAUUGAACAAAUUUUGGAAGAAAAUUGAUAAAUGACGUUUCCAAACAUGAAAUGUUAGGUAUAAAGGGACGUGUGACCAAAACAGAGUGAUUCUGUAUCAGACACAAACUUUGAGAAUAUUUUUAAAUAAAAAGAUAAUUUUUAUAUUUUUCUUCAAUACACAUGUAUAUUUCAGAUUUCAUUAAAUAUAUAUUUACAUAUAUU